AUUGAAAUGCCAAAUUGCAUACUGGAAGCUGAGGAAACUACUUUAAGCCUCUGCAAGUGCUGUUUAGCCUUAUUUUACAGCCCCAGAGGCAGAAUUGGAUCUGUCGCUUGCUGGCAUGGCAAAGGAAAGAUUGUUUUGGGAGCAUAGACCCUUUUUUGCCCUCUGCCUCUGUAGUUGCAAGCAGUUGCUAAGACUGACUAACUGCAGAAUGUCAGAAUUCACUAUCCAGGCAAAAUAAGCCUUGACAGAAAAUCAUCUUGUGCUUCUGGACUUCUGGCAUACUCUCUCCAUUUCAUUCCUUAAUACCACGGUUGUGUGUAUCUCUGGAUUUGUCUGGCUGUUUUUUCAGAUGAAGAUAUCAAGAAAUAUAAGUGCAAGUUUUACUGCUUUGGUAGAGGAUCAGGUCUCUGAAUCGGCUACUAUUUCAAACAUAAAGCUCUGCAUUUUGGCUGACCUUACCUAUUGGAAAGACUAAGUGCUUUUUGGUUUUAUGCUGCGCUUUUACAAAUGCCUGUGAUGUAAAGUGGAUCAGGUGGUAUGCCUGUGCCUUGUAAAAGUCAAGAAACAAUUUCUUUCACUAUUGGAGCAAACACUAAAUUCUUAUGUUGAGGAGGUAGUUCAUAUUAGGAAAGAAAUUGGUCUGGGGAGCUCGAAAGCUUCAGGUUCUGUAAGUUAUGCGUUUGUGAUUUGCUCUUUGCUGGCCACUUUCUAGGACUUCCUCCUUUGUCCCCAAACACGAUGAGCAAUUUGUGAACUAACUUUUAUUUUUAAAUCAAGCUGCUGAUAGGGAAUUUUCAGGUUGUUGCAGGGAACGUUUUUCAAGCUUUUCAGCAGUAACAGAAUACAAGAUUUUUUAGUGGUGCUUAUGGAUUUACAGAUUUAGUCUAUCCCUGGCAAAAGCAGAGGUGUGAAGUAGGGUACUAGAUAUAUGCUUUAAUUGAGAUUAUCUUUAAAGUUGAAGAGGAAGAGGUACUGCUGCAGAACCUGCAUCUGCUUUAAUUUCUGAGACAACGAAGAGAUGUACGCAGGUCGUGGCCACAGAUAUGUCUGUUUGAGAUGAGAGGAAGAACAAUGAUUUUAAGUCUCUAGGUGAUGUUUUGGGUGGGUGAGUGAUAACUGGUCGACGGUCGGAUGUGUUAACCUGCUUAACUUGACAUGAAUGCCAGGAAAUCUCACGUGUUUGGUGUGCUGAAGAAGCACUAGUUUUGCCAGUAUGUUUACUAACAUAAUUGUCUUUCUAACUUAUUAUGCUAGUCUAGUGUAAACAUAACGCCAGCUUCUUCAAAGAAACCUCAGUCUCUUCUAAUUUCUUCAUACCUGAUAUUUCUAAGAGAUGCCUGACUUAAGAACCGGCUAAGCAUCCUCAAUCCUUAAAGAUGUUGUGUCAGCAUAUGGUAUUCAGUGAGUCACAAGGCUAACUGUAUUAUGGCUGGUGUGGGGAGGAAAAAAGUUGAUGCUGAUGAGAUAAAACGACUAGGAAAGAGAUUUAAGAAGCUUGAUUUGGACAACUCUGGCUCUUUGAGUGUGGAAGAGUUCAUGUCUUUACCUGAAUUGCAACAGAAUCCAUUAGUACAGCGAGUAAUAGAUAUAUUUGACACAGACGGAAAUGGAGAAGUAGACUUCAAAGAAUUUAUAGAAGGAGUCUCCCAGUUCAGUGUCAAAGGAGACAAGGAACAGAAGUUGAGGUUUGCUUUUCGCAUCUAUGAUAUGGACAAAGAUGGUUACAUCUCGAAUGGAGAGCUCUUCCAGGUUCUGAAGAUGAUGGUUGGGAACAAUCUCAAAGACACUCAGUUACAGCAAAUUGUAGAUAAAACCAUAAUUAAUGCAGAUAAGGAUGGUGAUGGAAGAAUAUCUUUUGAAGAAUUCUGUGCUGUUGUAGGAGGCCUAGAUAUCCACAAAAAGAUGGUCGUAGACGUGUGACUCUGUAGGGCACCACCCAACACUUUUGCUUUCUUCUCCAUCUCUGAAGAUCUGCUCAAGACGUCCAGCAAUGCUCUCUGUGUAUUUAAAUGGAAGUAUUUUUCUCUGUGAAGCCACAUUUUCCAACAUGAGCCUCAUGAAGCCAACUAAGUGUUAUUGAACUUUUAUUCUCUCAAUAACUCAGUGUAGCACUUUAAAGUCUGAAGGACAGCAAAGAUGGAAAGAGCAUAUCAGUGUGGUGGAGAAAGGGAAGGGGUUGGCUUUUUAAUUUAUUUUUCUUCAUCUUUUAUAACAAGGAAAUAUCUAUCUAUAUAUAUGUGUGUGUAUUUAUAUAUAGAUAUAUAUGUAGCUUUCUAUAUGUAGUAGCUAGGUGGGCUUUAAUUUAAUAUACUUGAUUCAGAAACAAAACUAGAGUACAAAGUGCCAAGCAGAAUAUUAACAGUUCAAUGUAUGGAUAUACAUCCUUACUUUUAUUUCACACAGUUUUAUAUAUAUAGUAGAAGAAUGUAAAAUUUUAACUGGGUGUUAGGUCAGCUCUUUUCCUUUCCUGUGACUGUUCAGAUGUUUCUAUAUAUUGACUGGCUGACAAAGCAUUGCUUAUUAAUUCACCUUAAAUACAUUUUUUUGUAACACAGGAGACUAAGUUUAUUUAUACCUGUUAAUAUAUUACCAGGGACUGUGUCUCUUUGCUAAAUAACUUAGUAUCAGUUCUACUUAGUACGAGAAUAUAGUUUAAUGCUACUGCCAAGAACUAGCCCUCGUGUGCAUCUAGUGACUGCGGAAUGCUUUGAUGGCCGCUAGAUUUCAUCACCUAGGAACUGGGAGCAGUUAACAGCUGUCCUGAAGUUAAGGCAAAUCUGCUGUUCUGGAUUUGUUUUAGAUACAGCUGCUUAAGGUGUUAAACGCAUUCAUGAUUUUCUCUUGUGCUUAGCUUAAUGAAACUAGGAUUGACAUAACUGUGCAGGAUUCCCAUCUACUUAUUUUAUACCGUUACUUAGAUUAUUAAAUAUUCUUGUCAUUUAAAUUCUAUUGUUUCAACCAUGAUAGUUUCCCCUCUGCAUUUAAAAAAUACUACAGGUAGCUUAAAUAACUGGUAAUAUUUUAUAUAUAUAUAUGUAUAUAGGAUUCAUACAGGGGGAAAAAUCUUGUUAACCUAUGCCAUAGAGGAGGAAAACUUCACACUAUCUAAAUUUAUACCUCUUGCAGUUCUCCAGUCCUUUGCCUGGAGGAUUUUUUUUUCUUUUCUAGAUUUGUCCAUAUCAUAAUUUGUAAUGGAUGGUAACUUGAUACAUUUGUGUGAUAUAAAAGUAGCGAGCCCUGUUUUACAACUUUAUAUCAUCCCUUCCCUUUUCUGCAAUGGUACUAUUGGCUGGAAGAAAAACAUUUGCUAGAUUUUUUAGGACAGUACAUCUUUCCUGUAUAGUAGUUUUUCUAUUACCAAAAUUGUUUUAUAAUCAGCAGUGGAAAGUGCAGGUUGUCUGAACCAACUUCAGUCGAGCACCUGUCUGCCAUAGCUGUUCCUUCAACUGAGUGCUGCACAUCAUGGGCUCUGUCUGUGAGAGAGAAAUCCAGGUGCUUGGUGUCCUUGCAUGACAUGAAGUUUUGCAUGUAGAUCGAUUUGAAAUGUUCCUCUUGUUUACAUAAUUUGCAUAAUUUAAAAGAUAAUGUUGCCAAACUUUGGUAAAUGUUAAUGUUCAAAACAAAAAUCUCCACUACAUGUAACUUUUCUUCCUCUGGAUCAGUACGUGGCUUAUAAUCCCAGCCAGUGGUUGUAUCUGUUCCAGUGUCAACUGCCAUGUGCUCUGCUUCAAGGGGGAACUAGUCUUUUGUGAAUUUUUUGUACAUAAGUAUUUGUUACAAACAUUUUAGCAAAUGCUUUCGAUUUCUCUUACUUGCUUGUGCAUAUCUUGGCUGGCAUUAUAGAAAUUAGUGCUAAUGUUAUUUCCUUAGGGGGACUGGAAAGGGAGGGAUGAGGUUGUUUUUUGUUUUUUUUUUUUUAGUUUGUGUGGGGAAAAAUGAUUUAUGUUGAAUGUUUAGUUUUUUCCUCUGCAUGCUACAUCAUAUGUUGUGGGAACUAUAAGAACCUUCAUACUAUAUGAAUACAAAAUAAACUAUUUGAACCUUG